UCCCAGCCGAUGGGUCGGGAGUCACGCUCGCGAUCGCGGUCAGCGGGGCGCCGGAGUCGAAAGCGGCGGAGUCGGAGCCGGAACCGGAGUCGAAGCCGGAGUCGGAACCGGAGUCGAAGCCGGAGUAGAAGCCGAAGCCAUGAGCGGAGAAGCCGGCGGCACCGUGACAGCGAGGGGAAGCGCAAGCGGAGGCGGCGGAGUCAGGAUCGCAGCAGGUCGGCCUCAGAGGAUGAACAGUGGAAGCACCGAGGGACCCGCUGGCGCCCGCAGGAUCAUUCCCCCGAGCCUGGUUCUGACUAUGAGCAGCAGUUGCGGGGCCGUUGGAGCCGCCACCACCGGCGGCGAAGACGUUCUCGCUCAUGGUCCCCGGGAUCAUCGGCGUCCAGCUCGGCUUCCCGCCAUGGUUCCGAGAGCCCACGCGAGGCAGCAGCACUGAGCCAACAGCAGGGCCUGCGAGAGCGGCAGCGGCUUCGGGAGGAGCGGAAGCAGCAGGAAGAGCUGCUGAAAGCCUUUGAGACACCAGAGGAGAAGCGCGCACGAAGACUGGCCAAGAAGGAGGCGAAAGAACGCAAAAAGCGGGAGAAGAUGGGCUGGGGCGAGGAGUACAUGGGGUACACCAACACUGACAACCCCUUCGGGGACAACAACCUGCUGGGGACCUUCAUCUGGAACAAGGCCCUGGAGAAGAAGGGGAUCAGCCACCUGGAGGAGAAGGAGCUAAAGGAGCGAAACAAGAGGAUCCAGGAAGACAACCGGCUGGAGCUGCAGAAGGUGAAGCAGCUGCGCCUGGAGAGGGAGCGAGAGAAAGCCAUGCGAGAGCAGGAGCUGGAGUUGCUGCAGCGCGAGAAGGAGGCUGAGCACUUCAAGACGUGGGAAGAGCAGGAGGACAGCUUCCACCUGCAGCAGGCCAAGCUGCGCUCCAAGAUUCGCAUCCGGGAUGGGCGAGCCAAACCCAUCGACCUGCUGGCCAAGUACAUCAGCGCUGAGGACGACGACCUGGCGGUUGAGAUGCAUGAGCCCUACACGUUCCUCAACGGGCUCACGGUGGCCGACAUGGAGGACCUGCUGGAGGACAUCCAGGUGUACAUGGAGCUGGAACAGGGCAAGAAUGUGGACUUCUGGCGGGACAUGACCAUCAUCACCGAGGACGAGAUCUCCAAGCUCCGCAAGCUGGAGGCCUCUGGCAAGGGACCAGGGGAGCGACGGGAGGGCGUGAAUGCCUCAGUCAGCUCGGAUGUGCAGUCGGUGUUCAAGGGGAAAACAUACAGCCAGCUGCGGGUCAUCUUCCAGGGCAUCGAGGGCAAGAUCCGCGCUGGGGGCCCCAACCUGGACAUGGGCUACUGGGAGAGCCUCCUGCAGCAGCUCCGUGCACACAUGGCGCGGGCACGGCUCCGUGAGCGACACCAGGAUGUGCUGCGGCAGAAACUGUACAAGCUGAAGCAGGAGCAGGGUGUCGAGAGUGGCCCUCUGUUCCCCAUCCUGAAGCAAGAACCGCCAUCCCCCGGGAACAGCCUAGAGCCAGAGGAAGCCGUCCCCACACCGCCUGGGCCCUCGGAGGGCGGCCCUGCCGAGGCCGAGGCUGAGACCGAGGCCGAAGGGGAUGGGGACGGGGAGGCAGACGGGGAGGCGGUACUGAUGGAGGAGGACCUGAUCCGCCAGAGCCUGGACGACUAUGACGCUGGCAAGUAUAGUCCCCGGCUGCUGACGGCGUCCGAGCUGCCACUGGACGCACACGUGCUGGAGCCGCACGAGGACUUGCAGCGCCUCCAGCUGUCACGCCAGCAGCUGCAGGUCACAGGUGACGCCAGUGAGAGUGCCGAGGACAUCUUUUUCCGGCGCGCCAAGGAGGGCAUGGGCCAGGACGAGGCACAGUUCAGCGUGGAGAUGCCACUGACAGGCAAGGCUUACCUGUGGGCCGACAAGUACCGGCCACGCAAGCCACGCUUCUUCAACCGCGUGCACACGGGCUUCGAGUGGAACAAGUACAAUCAGACGCACUACGACUUCGACAACCCGCCACCCAAGAUCGUGCAGGGCUACAAGUUCAACAUCUUCUAUCCCGACCUCAUUGACAAGCGCUCCACACCUGAGUAUUUUCUGGAGGCCUGUGCUGACAACAGAGACUUUGCCACACUGCGCUUCCAUGCGGGCCCACCCUAUGAGGACAUCGCCUUCAAGAUCGUCAGCCGCGAGUGGGAGUACUCGCACCGCCACGGCUUUCGCUGCCAGUUCGCCAACGGCAUCUUCCAGCUCUGGUUCCACUUCAAGCGCUACCGCUACCGCCGCUGACACGGGCCCACUCAGAGCACAGGGUGGAGGCCAUGGGUUGCGUCAUCAGCCUGCAGGCCAACCCCCCCUUUCCUGCACUUUCCAGACUUCCAGAAGCUCCUGACUCAGAUGUCCACGCUCUGGCCCACCACUGGCCCCAGGUGGGGCUGCCCUCCAUUAGCACAAAAGAUCAGAGUCACAGGUGACCUUGUUGUCCACAAGGUGGGCCUGGACCCUCCCACUUUGCUGGCCCUGGGGCAUCCAGGCUGUGCCUCAUCUGUUUCAGUGUGGCCCACCCAGGAAAUGACUUUCUUUUUUAUUUUGUUGUUAGGUCACAUCCAGCGGCACUCAGGGGUUACUCCUGGGUCUGCACUUAGAAAUCAUCCCUGGCAGGCUCAUUGGACUAUAUGGGAUGCCAGAGAUCGAACCCGGGUCCAUUCGGGGUUGGCCAUGUGCAAGGUAAAUGCCCUACUGCUGUGCUAUCUCUUGAGGAAAUUAUUUUCAUUUGACAUUUUCCUCGGGAAGCUACUACCUUGCCUGACUGAACCUCAGCCCAGAUUCCCAGCCUCCUGUGGGACAUUUGCAGUUCCUACUCUACAACGACUUUUCUAGGUGGAAAAAAAAGAAAACUAUUUUCCUUUUGUUGUUCUACAAGCGUGCAUGAUUUUCUAAUAAAAGUUUUAUUUUGGGGUA